GAUACAGACAUUUAUCGAAUUCCCAUAAUAAUCUCACCAAUAUUAAAUGAUUUAGAUGUACUCUUAAUGACGCCAAAAAUUUCCCUUCAAAUUUAAGCGAAAAAAUCAAUCAAUUUGAGCAUCCUUGAGAUCUACUCUUUUUCUAGUAUUUCCUAAAUAUUUUUAUAAUCUGUAUACUGACAUGUUGCAAUGUUUUCGUGUAUAUCUCACAUGGCUUUCUGGGAUCUGAACUUUACUACAUAGACUGAUUACUCAAUCAUUUCAAUGUAUGAAAUACAUGCACACUGUUCGUAUACAAUCAUAGGGUGUUAGAGAGGACAGAAAAUUCUGUCCAUAAAUAUAAAGGAGGGCAGGGGACAGGCCCCAUAUAGCCAAGUGGGUUGCUUAGCUCGAGUAACGAAAAAGAUGCAGCAGCAAAGUCCGUCUAAAGAAGAGGAGGCUAUGACAUAUGAUGAGGCCUCCAUGCAAAGAAGCCAACAUUUUAUCAGUGCUUUACAGGAGCUCAAGAAUCUAAGGCCACAGCUGUAUUCUGCAGCAGAAUAUUGUGAAAUGUCAUAUCUUCAUAACGAUCAGAAACAAAUGGUUUUGAACAAUUUAAAAGAAUAUGCAGUAAAGGCAUUGGUGAAUGCUGUUGAUCAUCUAGGCACUGUUGCCUUCAAGCUUAAUGAUCUCCUCAGUCAGCAAACUUCUGAGCUCUCAAAUGUGGAACUUCGUAUAGAUUGCCUUAAUCAGAGACUUCAUACAUGCCAAGAACAUACUGAUAAAGAGGGAAUCAAGCAGCAACAGCUGCUAGAUACUGUUCCAAGAUAUUACAAGCAUUAUGUUCUCCCAAGCCCACAAACUGGACGAUUUGAUCGUGAUGCAGAUAAAUUGUCAAGCAUAAAUCAGGACAGUGAGCGGGCAAAAGCUCAAGCAGUGCCUUUCGGUACAAAUGCAAAUAAAUCUCUUUCAUGGUAUUUAGCAGCAGAGGCUCGAAAUACCUCAUAUGGAAAUUCAGAUACUUCAUUUAGCAAUGAGUUCCAUUCCACGUCUUCUACUGUGGCAUCUGAAACAUUUUACUUUCCAGAAAAUGAAGUUUCCAUUACAUCAGUUUCUGCUUCAUCAUCUCGCCAGUCAGCAAUUGGGAUCCCUGGAUCUACUACUCCUCCCAAUUCAUUUGGUGCUGGACGACGGGUAUCUGAAGAACAGUCCAAAGCAGUAUCAAAUUCUGUGUCUUUUAAUGAUAACCGCCGAGCCCUUAUUCGUCAACCUGCAAGUCGAAGCAAGAGUAUGCUCUCAGCUCUGUUUCACAGGAACAAGUCACUGAAGCCAAAAUCAAGUUGUAUUCCAUAAGUAUCCUAUAUACCCCUAACAGUUUUCAUCUCUUUUAUAUGAACCCAAUAUGUGUUGUACAGAUCAGCUUCUAAAUCAUCUAAUAAAAUUUCAUGUCAAUCUCUGUUUUUAAGUUGAGAUAUUUCCUAUUUCUGGAUGAAAUAUAUUCGAACAGCAAGGUGUUAUGCUAUUUCAAAUGUAAAGUUAGUAGAUUAACGUUUUCAUAGGCAAUUCUUUCUUA